AUGCACGCCAAGUACUCCCCCACAAGCGCCUUGCUAGACUUUGACCGAGAGGUUCACGCUCCGUCGAUGGUUUCCGCCGAAGGUCUAUUGUUCAACUCUGAAAAUUUCUCACCAUUGCCCGACAUGUCUGCGAUGCGACCCGCGCAUUGGAGAGCCAAGGACAUGAAUGCCCCCGUGCCUGACAGUGCAGCAUGUGGCCCGUUGGGUCUAACGGAGACUCCAGCUGGGGUCCAACCGCCGCUGGGCUAUGCGAGUGCCCCCCAGGACGUGACGUCUUUCUUGGCACCAGCGACCUACUUAUCAGACCGAGAUUCGCCAGUCAGCGAUGCCAUAGGUUCUCUUCACGCUUGGUCAAGUGCUUCCGGUGCAGAAAUGAUGAGACCAUUGUCCACUUCCUCCAUUGACCCUGCUAUCGCUUCAACCACCGCUUCGCCCUUCAUGCAGCCCUACUAUACAUACGGGUCUUCCCAACCCUCGAUGCACCCUCCAAUUCAAAGUGUCUCUGGCUACACUCCACAGCAGAUCAACAAAUGGUGCAUGGAGAGUGACCUAACCGGUGGUCUCUACCAAACAACCCCUCCCUACCCAGCAAUCAGUCCUCUCGCCUUCCCCUCAUCAGAACUCCCUCAACCUUGCUAUUCAACAUUCGGCGAGAACAUGACCACCCCCGAGCAGCAAUGGCUCUCCCCUCCACCCAUGAGCUUCUCAAGAGGCCCGUCCUCCACAUCUUCCAAUACAGCCCACACACAUGACAGCAGCUUCCUCUCUCCAUCUUCCGACUCCUGCUCCGCAAUGAGCACAUCUCCAGCACCAACCGUCCUAUCCGACUUUGAAUCUUCCUCUUCGCGCCACCCAUCUUCACCUCCCUUCAACCCAGCCGACCUCUCCCGCUAUGGUAUCCCCGCGGGCGAAGGAAUCUGGCGAUGCGCCCACCCAGGCUGUACCUCACAGGCCAUCUUCCGACGAGGCUGUGAUCUACGCAAGCAUUUUAAUCGCCACCGCAAGCACCUGUUCUGCCGACAUGAGGGAUGUCCGCAGUCCAAGCAGGGCGGAUUCUCGAGCAAGAAGGACCGUGCUCGCCAUGAGGCGAAGCAUAACCCGGGCAUCGUCUGUGAGUGGGACGGAUGUGGGCGGGUCUUCAGUCGGGUGGAUAACAUGAAAGAUCAUGUGCGGCGUAUUCAUCGACGUGGAGGCAGUCGCUGA